AUUUUUUCCUUUUUUCCAGCGUUUCUCCCGAUCCUUUUCCCGCCGGCGGCGCCUUCAGACUUUCCUCUCCCCGCCCCCAACAUCUCGGUGACACCACCCAAGUCUCAGUUCCUCAUCGGCGACUCCGUGUCCAUCUCCUGCUCGGCGCCGCCGCCGCCGCGCCCCGACCGCCUCCAGGGCUUCCGCUUCACCGGCACGUCUGGCUGGGUCACCGACGUCCUCACCUCCAGGAACCGCUUCGUCCACACCUUCACCGUCACCGGUCCACGCGAUGGUGGCUUCCACGCCUGCUCCUACACGGUCCUGCGGCGCGGUGGUGGACAUCUCCGCUCCUUGACCAGCCGGGCCGUGCUCAUCGAUGUCCGAGAUCGUCCAGCCCAACCCAACCUGACGGUGGCGCCCUCCAGCGUCACGGUGGAAGGGCAGCCCCUCGUCUUCUCCUGCGCGGCCCCACCCGGCGCCGCCGAGCGCAGAUUUGGGUUCUUCCAGGAGGAGCUGGAGGUCACGGGUGGGAUCUGGGAAGGUUCUGGAACCGGCAGCGCCCAGCUGAGGGUGGAGAAGAGCGACCGGAACCGGACCGGGAACUUCAGCUGCCGCUACGAGGAGAUGACCGAGGGGCGCUGGAUCGCCUCCUACCCCAGCGAUGCCGUCCAGGUCAUCGUCCAAGGUCCGUGCCCGGCCCCUCUGCUCUCGGUGGAGCCGCCCUCGGGCGCGGUGGCCGCGGGGCACCGGCUGCGCCUGACCUGCGCCGCGCCCCGGCGCCGCUUCCGCCGCCGCUUCCGCUUCUUCCGCGACGGCGCCGAGGUGGCGCCGGGCGCUGGUGACGUCAUCGGUGACGUCACCGAGGAGGGGGCGGAGCUGCUUUUCCCGCGGAUUUCCCCGGAACUGGCCGGGAAUUUCAGCUGCCGGGUGGAGGAGGAGGUGGGCGGGGCCUGGCUGGAGGCCCCGCCCAGCCGGGGCGUGGCCGUGGUGGUCAGGGCUCAGUUUGACUUCCUCCCAUUGGUCAUCGGUGGCGUCGUGGGCGUGGCCUCGCUGCUCCUGGGGCUCCUAUUGGCUGCUUGGCUGUGCCGGAGGAAGAGGGGAGGUUCCCGCUGGCGGGGGCUGAGCCCUGGCGACGACAACAGCGCCUUCCCCAUGGGGGGCUACGAGGUGGCCGCCUGAGCUGGGCCACGCCCCCAAGAUGGCCGACAACUCGCAGACCACGCCCCCAAAUGAUGCUGAGACCACACCCCCAAGAUGGCUGACAACUCGCAGACCACGCCCCAAAAAUGGCCGACAACUCGCAGGCUUCGCCCCCAAAUGAUGCUGAGACCACGCCCCCAAGAUGGCCGAAAACCCGCAGGCCACGCCCCCAAAUGAUGCUGAGACCACGCCCCCAAGAUGGCCGACAACUCGCAGGCCACGCCCCCAAAUGAUGCUUAGACCACGCCCCCAAGAUGGCUGACAACUCGCAGACCACGCCCCCAAAUGAUUCCGAAACCCCCACCUCAAAAUGGCCGCCAACAUGCAGACCACGCCCCCAAAUGAUGUUUAGGCCACGCCCCCAAGAUGGCCGACAACUCAUAAACCACGCCCCCAAAUGAUGCUUAGACCACGCCCACCAAGAUGGCCGACAACUUGCAAGCCACGCCCCCAAAUAGUGCUGAGACCACGCGCCCAAAAUGGCCGACAACUCGCAGGCCACGCCCCCAAAUGAUGCUUAGACCACGCCCCCAAGAUGGCCGACAACCCGCAGACCACGCCCCCAAAAUGGCCGAAAAAAAUAAAAGCCACGCCCCAAGAUGGCGGCUGAUGCCCCCACCCACAAGAUGGCGGCAGUGGGCGGGGCCAGGCCAAGGCAGCCAAUGAGGAUUGGUGGAGUUGAUUGUGCUGUGUCCUGAUUGGUCAAUUGGAGCUGGGGGGCAUUUAUGCAAAUGAGAUGGUAAUGAGGGGUGUGGGAGAAUAUCUGAAAGUGGUUUUGGGGACAUUAAAGUGUUCUUAUGCAAAUGAGAUGUAAA